AGAACCAGAUGGCUGGGGAGGGGAGGGGCAGAGGGCAAAAACGCUCGCACUGCGCAUGCUCUUCGGCUGUAGGCGUUGAUAGCUGCUCAGGAUCUGUCUUCACUUCCCAGACGCAUCGAAAAGCAGUGUCCAUCAGAAAGUGAAAAUAAAAGAGUCGUCAUGAAAAAAAUUUCAAAAAGAAGAGAAGAGAUUUUUAAAAAGAUGUCAGAAGCAGCAAACAGCAGCACAGAAGAAAUGGUGGACAGGCAUCUGUCAAAAGAAGAAAAUCGAAACAUAACAGAGACACUGAGAGGCAAAGUAAGAGAAAAACUGAAAAAUGCUAAGAUCAGUCAAGGUGAAAAGUCCUCAGCUGAGCCACUCACUGAUACAAAGACUUAUCGAUGGUCUAAGACUGAAGUCUUGCUGGAUGAAGGUCUUUCAUUUUUCAUCCUGAGUGGAGAAGAAGAUUCAGCAGUGAGCCAGUCUUCGCAGCAGAAAACAGUAAGUGAGAGUUACUCCAAGCAAUCUGCAUCUGGUGGUGGUUUCCGAAACACUGCUGAGGGCCCAGAUGAGGAUUUUAUGGAAGAAGUGAUUUUAACGGAUUUAUUUGAAGUGAAAGCUGCAGAUUAUGAAGAUGACCAAGAACAGAUUAAAAAACAGGAGGCAAAUAUUUUUGUGCCAAGUAGUUCUCCAGUGGCCAGCCAGCAGAAACUGCCGAAAGGCAUGCUCCCUCGAAUUUUAGAAGACGAAGGGCUCUACGUUCAGAAAAAGCCAGAGACAUAUAAAAAGAUCUGCAACAAAAUGGAAAAUCGCCUGCUCAGCCUGCAGGAGGGAAAAUGUUGGUUUGAAGAAAGUGGAGAAAUAAUGUCAUUGCCUUCACCUAUUAGACCGUCUUGGAAUUAUAGGCUCUGCAUGAGCAAGGAAUCUUUGAAUCCGGCACUAAAGACUAUACACAGAAAGGCGGUGAAAUCUGACGUGGGGUGCUGUUUUAGAGACAGGAUGGAUGGUCAGAGGGAAAUGUACCAACUAGACCUUAACAUCGUGGGCUUGCAGUUCAGCCACCACCCGCUCUUCAGUCAGGAACACGUCCUGUGUGCCAGGCUGCUCCGGCUCUGCGAGUCUUUGCAGGACAGGCAGAGGCAGAGCGUCUCUCAGCUGCUCUAUGAGAAGCUGAGAGCCCUGAAGGAUGCUACCAAACUAAUAAGCAAAAACCCAGAAUUAAGCCAAUUUACCACAAAAUCGCUACAAGAUUAUUAUCGGCAGAUAAGUGACACGAAGCAGCUGUAUGAGGCCGAAAGGGAAAAGGACCACUCCCUGCUACACAGUGUCUUACAGACUUGGAAACAGAUAAAAUCUCUCCGGCAAAAGCAAGGAUUUACAAGCACCCCAGUAAAGGUGCAGUUUCAUAGUAUAUUCCACAGUCUAAGAGCACUUACAUCAUCUGAAAACGAAGCCAUUACGUCCUGGUUUGUGAUUACCCCUCACGUGUUCUGGAUUGGGCUCGUUUCUCUCGGGACUGCACCAUGGGUAAAAACGAACACGUGGGAUGAGCAGAACCAAGCGGGAGUGUCAGAAGGACCUGGGGACGGAAGCGGAGAAACGCCACUUCAGAAUGAAGACACAGAGGAGACUCUCUCCCAUCCAGCCUCAGACCCUGAAGGAACGGAAGUUGAAAAAACAAAGCCAAUUACUCUGGUGCCACAGCUUUCUUUCACAGCAGAAUUGACAAACUUAUCCAAGUGUUCAUUAUAUGAGCAAAAGAGGAGAGCCAAAAUGCAGAAGCUUAAAUAUUUUAUCAAAAUAUUUUACAACAAUAAACAGGUUUCUCGCACCUCAGUAUCUCCCCUACAGUUUGACUUUAAAGUCAUGUUUCAACAAAUUUUUAACAUUCAGCUGAUAUAUUGGCCGGAAACAAUCUGCUUGGAGGUUUAUGAAGUAAGUAAAAGGUCAACUUUACUGGUUAAACUGUAUCUGCCUUUACCUAACAAGACAGAGCUGAAAGGCAAGACUGUCCUGGAAUAUACAGAAUUUAGUUCUGAUAAACUGGUCAUACCUAUGGACGGAGGCGUAGGAAGCAAUGUGCCUUUUAAUCUCAAGGAAAGUGAGGAUGAAGAACUCUGCCUUUUAACCUCAGGGAAACUUAGCUACUCCCUCUCAUGGGCCUUAGAUGAAAAUGGAAUCCCCCUGACACCCGUGUCGCAGUCGCUGAGCUCUGCAUACUGUAGUGUGCUGAGGAAUGUUGACGCAAGAGGUGUUCCUGGACUGCCAUGGAUCGUGAACUCACAAAAGCUUUGUGAGUGGGCAGAUGAUGCCAGGAUUGAUCCACAUAACCCAGACUACUCGGAUAUAACAGAACAUAUUAUGUGUUUGAGACACAAAGGCCAGGAAAUCCCCAAAUAUUUCCGUCUUGAGCAGUUGCAAGACGAAUUUAACUUUGUGUCCGAGGAAGAAAUGGAAAGGAGCAAACGCUUCCAGCUGUUGCAGCUGAGAAAUGCAGGCCAGCUAGAUCUCUUCCUCCUGCAGCCGAUGCCCCUCUAUGACAAUGAGAUUCCAGACAUAGUCUUCCAGGAGUAUGAAAGUCAGGCACAGAAGGAUAUACCCAUUUCAGAUGUGAACUCUAUUACUGCCCAAAGGAUUAAUUCUGUCAAUUUUCUGAAAAAGGUGAGAAGGUUGAUCAUGAAAAGAAUCGUCAAAGUCAACAAAUUUAACUUGUCAGAUAUUGUAGCUGACUAUGAAGAAAUUGUAUCUACAAGCCAGCUGACAGAUGCCAUUUGUAAAUUCAUUGAACCACGACGGAAGUUAAAACCUCAGAGGAAAGAAAGAAGAAAAGUCACAGCCCAGAGCAUCUCUGAUGGAGAUAUGAAGAUUCUUGUCAGGAUCCUGAGGGCCUAUAACAUUCCUACCAGAAAAACAGUGUCUUAUAGAACUUUGAGUAUGCCUACUCACCUGAGGUCAUCCAUGUCUCACCUCAGAAAUCAAAAUGCAGCCAAACUUGUACCCUCGAAUGAAGUCAUAAAUGAGGAUACUGUGCACCCUUUCAUAGAAGUUUCCUUUCAACACACUGUAUAUCAAACCAACAUUGCAAAUGGAUCUCAUCCAUGCUGGAAUGAAGAAAUCAAGGUGGAUUUUAUCUCACCAGGACAUGAUUACAGCUUCUCUAGUUUAUCUAAAAUAAAAGAUAACAUACAUAUCAACAUUUUCGAUGAAGUGGUGAUUGAAAAACAUGAGGAUCAUUGUCUCAAGAGCUGCAGUGCUCACUCAUACAUACAAAAGAACUGGCUGGGCUCCAUCAGCUUCCCUUUCUCAGCCCUUCUGCAGCAGCCUGAGAUUAGUGGGACAUUUCAAGUGAACAUCCCACCCAUUUUGCUCGGGUAUACCUGGAGUAACACCUACGUCCCUCCUAGAGAAGACUGCAGUGGGCAGAACCCCAAAGAAUGUACCUUCCUAAACAUUUUUGCUACGAUUGAACCUCAGAUAUCAUAUGUCACGUACAAUCCAAAAGUAGACGAGUUUUCAGACCAAAUAGACAUUCUACAACGAGCACAGACUUUUACCAGGAACUGUAAGGCCAUGUUUCCCAACCGAAGAGUCGUGGCAACUGUUUUUAAUGGUGAAGGAAUGCACAUCUUAGUCACCAGAUACAUCAAGGCCCUGAACCCGCCCCAGCAGCUUCUGGAUAUAUUUCUUCAUGACUCGAAUGCAACGCUUGACCUCAUUGCCCGAUUCGUAUCUCUGAUUCCUUUUGCGGCCGAGACGUUGGAUGAAAAUGAUGGUUCUGACAUAUGGAUGACAUCAGAGUGCUGCAUUAGUUUGGCCAUUGGAAAUAAAGAAGAGCAUGCCAUACUUCUCUGUAAUUUCUUUCUGUACUUCGGGAAGAAGGCAUUGGUGACCCUGGGAACCUCAGUACUAGAAGGCCAUGUGGCUUAUGUGUUAACUCAAGAAACUGACGAGUGUUUGCUUUGGAAUCCAUCGACGGGGCAAUGUCAUAAGCAGUUUGACCCAUUUUGUCCCUUGCAAAGUGUAGAUUGUUUGUUCAAUGAUAAAAAUGUCUGGUUUAAUAUUCAACAAAAUAAUACACCAAUGGCUGUACAGUUUGACUACUCAAAAGAGAGCUUCUGGAAACAGCUGCUUCCAAAAAACGUCCAGGGGACCAAAGCCCAGAGCGUACAGCCUGAAGAAAUAGUUUACUCGGACACCAAUAAAAGCAUGGUAGAAGAUCUAAAGAGCAGGAUAGAGAGGGCACUGAAAUGUAAGAUGAUGGAAUGGCGGCCUAAGCACCCGACACGCUGGAAUCGACAGUGCACUUCUGUUCUACGGCAAAUCCUUCCGAAGCUAGAGUUUUACCCGGGCAGUUUUGCUUCGUUUGAAGACAGUGACUUGGAAAGGCUGCUACAGUUUUACUGGGUCACAGGAUUUCCCAUCCAGAUGCCCUACACAGAUGUCCAGGCAGUCAUUGAUGCUGUGUACCAGACUGGACUUCAUGCUUCUGAAUUCCCCCAGACAGAAUUUGCUUUAGCUGUGUACAUCCAUCCAUACCCGAACAACAUUUUAUCUGUGUGGGUCUAUUUGGCUUCCCUAGCCCGACACCAGUGAAAGAGAACACAGGAAAAGGCAGAGAGUACUAUGGUCUCCUAGACCCAAGCUUUCCUGACACCUUGAGGUUUGGCUGCUUAUUUUCAAGUUUAUCAAUGCUGGGCAUAAUCUGGAUUCUUACAUAGAGCUGAGUACGAUGGAGACCACCACCUCAGCACCCCUCCCCCAGCCUUUGAUGACACGUCUAGAUGGCAUCCUCACCAACACACCUCUUCUGGGAGACUCUUCAGGUAGUCUGGCUGCUUUGUGUACUGCAGUCCACGUUAGAUCUCAUUCUGGGAAAGAAGCAAUUCUGGCCUGAUUCGUGAUGCUCAACUUGUGGAGGUCAGGACGCCUCCAUCCGAGCCAUCUGGAGAGUCUUACUAAUAAAGAGGAUUCCUAGAUCCACCCGAGACUUCCUCAUCCAGAACCUCUGAGAGGAGAGCGGCAGUAUUUUCAACAAUCUCCCAGGCGACUGGGAUUCCCUGUUGAGUGAGAGACCACCGCCCUUGUGGAAUGCCAUCAGUCCCAAUGAGACACGGGCACAUUCAGUGCUAGUGCUGGUACAGUUCCAGGUGAAAAUUUCUCAGAGGGAACCCUGAGGUCAUAUUCUAGCCUGACAGCCAGCAGGCUCAAGAUGUAAGAAAAGCCUGUUUCAAUUUUGAGUUUAAAAGCCAGAAAAGAGCUAUGUCCCUGCUUAAAGAGAUUAAACAAGAGAAAACCCCCAAUCCCUCUUACUCGACCGAGGGAGGGCAGCCUUUUAACUCUGCUCAGACCUCCAGCUGCCUGGAUGAGGGCUGCCCACAUUCAGAAGGGCAGUCUGCUCUCCUCAGCUCACCAAGUCAAAUACUCUCCAAGCCAGCAUUCCCACAGGAUAGCCAGGCUAUAUCUAUGGUGUCUGAUCACUGGUUACCCUAUGGCCCAGACACGUAGAUUCAUAAUCAUAAUCUAUGUCAAUUUUAAUCAGAAGUAAAAAAAAAAUGUAUGCUCAAUUUCAAUAUUGAUUAACUCUCUGGUAAAUUUCAAAUUAUAAAUAUCUGUGGAUUUUGAUCCCAGCUUCCGAGAAUAGCAUAAAGACUAUCCUUACGUUCUGUUCUGUAGUGGCUUAGAAAUAGGAUCUAGGCUCUUCCUGAUCAAGUUCAUUACAGGUGCAAUCUACCCUUUCUCAACUGCUCCAAGUGCCAAGUGUCAAAUAUUUUAAAGAAGGAUGGCAGGUGUCGUGGCAAUAAGAGCAGUUAAUGGGCUUAUCCAAACUAAGUGGGAGACGAUGGUGUUGUAGGCAAAGACACUGGGUGUGAAUGUGUUUGCGGUGACGUAAACAGUGCCACAGUGUAAAGUUGUACCAAGGAAACAAAUCAAGAACAGGGUCCGGGGCUUCUGGCUCCUAGUGAGUGUUCCGUAUCCAAAGGAAUUUGAUAGAGCCUGAGAAGAGCCCCGGAUGUCCCAUUGCAGAACGAUCCCUAGACUAGGAUGUAUGGCAAAAACGAGGUGUACAGUAGACCUCGGAAUAAGCUACCAUUUUACAUAAAACGAGGCAAGUGGGCUGUAUGUGUGUGCUGCUAUAAAGACCUGCAUACUUCUGAGAAGAUACAACAAAAGACACAGCAGUAGUGGUGCCUCUGGGAAAAGGCCACCUCUGGAAGAAGUGGAGAAAGGAGUCUGCCAGUUAGUAUGCAUAGUUUUAUAUUGGUUUUAUGGUUUUUUUGUUUUGGUUUGGUUUGGGUUUUUUUUUUUUUUUUUUUUUUUUUUUUUUGCCUUUUGCUUGCAUUUAUUUUAAAGUGUUUUCUUUUUGACAAAAAGCAAUGGCUUUCUUUUCUUUUUUAACUUUUAAAUACAUUCUGUGUAUUUGGUUUACAGUGUUUUGGUUUUUGUGGUACAGUAGCUUGAAGCCAGGGACUCGGGUACGUUGGGCAAGCCCUGUACUGCUCAUCCCCCUCCCCCAGUUCUCAGCGCACAGCGUCUGAUGAACACGUGCAUUGAGUACAGAGAGCUUCAUGAAGAAUUCUCUCCCCUGCGUGCUCCGAUGUUAGUGUCUUGGCUGCCAGAGCGUGGUGGCUUCCGACUGCCGGAAGUGCCCGCAGUCCCAAAAGCCUUCCAGAGAAUCAGCUCCCACCCUCAUCUCUUGCAACCCAACUCGAGGUUCCAUUCUCUGUUGUGCGGGUGCCUUGCCCGGUUCGCUCUGAAACCUUUGCUAGUGUCUUUUGAAGUUUGGAUUAUCUUUACUGAAGUGGAAAACUGCCCUCUACUUUCCUUCCAAAAUGGAACCCUGUCGUGUUUACUGUCCCCUCUGCUGGCAUGCCCAUCCACCAUCUAGAUAGCCAGUCGCUUCCCCUCAGGCCUUUGCAUGGCUUCCCUAUCAUAAAACGUCGGCCUAUCCACCUAUCUAGCCUUUCACUUUGUUUGCCUUACAGCACUUGUUACCGUGUGGUAUGGAUUUAUCUUUCAU